GGAAAAAGUGAAGACACUGAUCGUGUUAAAGAGGCUCAAGUAGCAUGUCCAUAUUCGCAAGGCCAAGAGAGUGAUGAGAUUGAUGUUUCGAGCAUUCCCUCUGAAGGGAAAUUGGAUAUCCAAGAUAUAAAUGCUGCCGAAAACCAUAGUGACAGUGCCAAAGCAAAUCUUCUUCUGUGUUUUGAUAAAAUACUGUGUUCAGGCUCCAGUGCCGCUAAUCAUGUCACCAACAGCUUAGAGGAUGCAUCCCAGGUGAGCAAUAAAAUCAGUUCAUUGCUGAAAGGGGACAACGAAGAACUGGACCAGAUGUUAAAGACUGGUUCAGGAACGGAAUUAUCCUUUGAAACCUUUAAGGACCAGCUCUUUCAGAAGCAUUUGAAAGAGAAGUUGCAUGUAUGGCUCUUACAGAAGGUAGCUGAAGGAGGUGAUGGCCCUAGUAUAUUGGAUGGGGGUGGACUAGGUGUUCUACAUUUGGCAGCUGCACUUGGCUAUGAUUGGGCUUUGGAGCCUACCAUAGUUGCUGGUGGAAGUGUUAAUUUCCGUGAUGUGAAUAGAUGGACUGCACUUCACUGGGCAGCAUUUUGUGGCAGAGUAAACACAGUGGCUACCCUCAUUUCAUUGGGUGCAGAUCCUCGAGCAUUAACAUAUCCAUCACCAGAAUAUCCUUUAGGCAGAACACCUGCCGAUCUGGCCUCUGCCAAUGGACAUAAAAGAAUUGCUGUAUACCUUGCUGCAAUUUGGGAAGAUCAGCGAAGGGAAGUUGAAUUUAUGCGAAGGGAAAGUGAAUUUAGGCGAAGGCAAGCUGAAUUUAGGCGAGGGGAAGCUGAAUUUAGGCGAGGGCAUGCUGAAAGUGAAUUUAGGCGAAGGCAAGCUGAAUUUAGGCGAAGGGAAGAUGAAUGUAUGCGAAGGGAAGAUGAAUGUAUGCGAAGGGAAGAUGAAUUUUUGCGAAGGCAAGAUGAAUUUUUGCGAAGCGAAGAUGAAUUUAUGCGAAGGGAAGAUGAAUUUAUGCGAAUCAAAGAUGAAUCUAUGCGAAGGGAAGAUGAAUGGGAGCAAAGGGAAGCUGAAUGGGAGCAAAGGGAAGCUGAAUUUGAGGCUUUUCUGAAACCCCAAAACCUGCGUAAGAAAAUGAAAGAGGAUGAAGAAGAGGACGAGGGGCCAGACGACGAAGGGCCGGAGGGCAGAGGGCCGGAGAAGGACGAGGGACAGGAGAAGGACGAGGGACCAGAGAAGGACGAGGGACCAGAGAAGGACGAGGGACCAGAGAAGGAGAAAGAAGAGGGAAAGAAGCGAGCUCCAGACUCUGCUUGGGAGAGUGGAAAGGCAAACAAGAUUUUGAAGGCACAUUUAGCAUACAUGGCUCUGUUGACCGCAUAUUACGUUGUGCAAAGCAUGGAGACAAUCCACAUGCUUGUGUUGGUAUGUGUUGAGGCUUCUAAAAAAACUGGAGAAAGAAAGCUUUCUUAUAUUGAUGAUGGAUUUGAACUGUCAGCGAUUCGCGUAUAGGGAAGGAAGCACCGGCGGAAUCAAGUGUGUGUUUCUGUAUAUGUUGGUUUUACCUCCAUUGAUCUGUUUGAGCAGGAGUGAUGUUGAUGUAGGAGUAGGACAGCUGGCUUUGGGGAAUUUAUAAGGGAUGAAUUUAGGGUUUUCUUUGAGAUAUGAUUGCUUUGUAAACAGUGACAAAUGAUUGUACACUUGGUGCAAUGGUUUGUAGGUUCCACCAAACCGCCACGAUAUCAGUGUUUUAUAAAAUUUUUUAACAUCA